UGUGCAUAAGUCUAUUGAAGAAUAAUCUGAGUGAAUACAGGCUAAUGCGAUUUUGAAAAGAUCAAAUGUCUCAAAGGCGUCUCAAUAGUUAAAAUCUAUGGCCCUAAGAAACUCAAAGUUAUGAAGUAAUCUGAUCUUUAGAAAUAUAAGAAGAGAAUCAUCACAUUUGAUAAUGGAGAUACAUGGCAUCCCUCAUAAGGUACAAGGCUAUCACGCCGAUGAUUAAGGAAUUCAUAGUAGUGAAGAUUGCUAACUUCAACUGUAAGGUAGAUGUGUAAGCAAAAUCUAUAGAAAAGCUAAAAAUUUGGAAUGAUCACGGGGAUACAAAUGAGUUAUGAAAAAG